AUGCAGUACUCAUCAGCUAUUCUCAUUGCUGCUUUCGCAGUUACUAGUGUCUUUACCCACGGAGUGGUUGAUUCAGUCGUUGGCGCUAACGACGUUACUAUGCCGGGUCUCUCAGUUGCCGACGGCACGCCGCGUGAUUGCGCCAGUCCUCGCUGCGGAUCUGAGGCUGAUACUUCUAUCAUCCGUAAACGUGAGAUGGGCACCAACAAGGCCACUGCACUUGGUCGCACUCAGGGCGGUGGUCCCGUCGACGCCAGCAAGAUGAUGGCCAUGUUCAUGGGAGGCGGCGGCAAUGCUACGGCGACAAAGGAAGCACGGGAAGUUCACGCAGCCAACGUGCUUCGUCGAAGUCUUGGAGAGCGUGCAGCCAACGGAGGAAUUAGAACCCCUAAGGGCACCAUGGAGACUGGCGUCAAAGCUGCAGCUGGAGUUGGAGCAUCCAGUGGGAUGCCAACUUGUUCAGACGACGGCAAGGUCAAGAUGACCUACCACCAAAUCAACCAAGACGGAGCCGGGCCAUUAACGGCCAUGGUGGACGCCACUUCGGGUGGAACUGACCCAGCGGCAUUCAAAUCGGCCGAAGUAACACAGAAUGUGCCGGGAAUCGGUAUUGGAGGACUGUCAGCCGCGGCCGUGAUGGACUUUCCGGUAGAAGUACAGAUGCCAGCGGGAAUGACAUGCUCUGGAACAGUAGGCGACGCUCAGAACGUAUGCAUUGUUCGCAUGCAAAAUGCAGCAGCAGCAGGCCCAUUUGGAGGAUCGGUAGCAGUGACACAAAGCCCGGCUGCCAAGAAGCGUGCUAUUGAGUACAACUUGUCCAAGCGUCACUUUGCCCGAGCUCUGGCCAAGAGAAACGCCGAAGAUGACGCAGCAGCAGCAGCAGCCAUCGCAGAGCUUGAGAAGAUCGGAUCUGCAACCAAGGAUGAACAAGCCGAAAAAGAAGAUGCCGUCGAAGCACCUUUGACCAAGAAGAGUGCCGAGGAUGACGCGGCAGCAGCCGCAGCGAUCGCAGAGCUCGAAAAAAUCGGAUCAGCGACAAAGGAUGAAGAAGCUUCCAAGAAGAUGGGAUCUGCGACCAAGGACGAAGAAGCAGAAAAAGAAGCUACCGCUGCGAAGUCAUCGUCGCCCGAGAAGAGUGCUAAAGAGAAUGCAGCAGCGGCGGCAAUAGCAGAGCUUGAGAAGAUGGGAUCCGCGACUAAGGACGAAGAAGCCGAAAAGGAAGCUGUCGAAGGUACCAAAUCACCAUUAACCAAGAAGAGUGUCGAAGAUGAUGCAGCAGCGGCUAUCGCAGAGCUGGAGAAGAUGGGAUCUGCGACCAAGGACGAAGAAGCAGAAAAAGAAGCUACCGCUGCGAAGUCAUCGUCGCCCGAGAAGAGUGCUAAAGAGAAUGCAGCAGCGGCGGCAAUAGCAGAACCCCUAGACGCAGAAAUCAAGGCUGAGGAUGAAGAAUAA